CUUUGGUUGGAGAGGGCUGGGGGUCCCCGCUGUCACCCCCCUGCCGUAGGGACCCUGUGGGGUGACGCACUGCCACCACCCACCGCUGCCCUUUCCUUUUCUCCCCUCCCAGGUGCUCUCGAGCCGGGGCGAGGGGAUGAGGUGCCCCCCUGCCGCGUGGUGUGCCGAAGCGGCUCUUUAGAUCCUCCCCGGCCCAAGCCUCCCCUGCCAUGGAUGCCUCGGGGGCUCUUGCUUCGGCUCCCUCCUCCGCGGCUCCCUCGGGCUCCCGCAGCCCCAUGUUUCCCCCAGGAGCUGACAGAGAGGAGUGGGGACCGAGGUUCAAUUGUGCCCCUUCCACCUCUGCUGCAGCCUCGCAGGCGAUGCCAGCAUCUGGCCGGAAGAGGAAGGCCAACUUCUCCAAUGACGAGACCGAGACACUGGUCUGGAAUGUGGUCCGGCAUUUCAGCGCCCUGUAUGGGUCUGAAGCCCUGCGGGCUCACCCCGUGCGGCGGAAGCAGCUCUGGACCCAAAUCCAAAGCCGCGUCAACUUCCUGGGCUACACCGAGCGCUCCAUCGACGACCUCAAGCACAAGUGGCGCGACCUGCGGUUGGACGUCAAGAAAAAGAUCACCUCCAAGAAGCACCUGCCUAUGAACCGCGCUGGCGGGCCGCUGCACAAGCCGCGCCUCACGCCCCUGGAGAAGAUGGUGGCUUCCACCUUCUUGCAGGCCAGCCACGACUCGGAGCCCGAAAUCAUCUUGGACCCAGAUCUGUUCUUCCCCGGCGCAACCAAGCAGUCCUUCAUGCACCUGCAGCCCGGCGUGAGCCACCCCAGCAUCUACAUCGACACCAACGGGCAGCCCUCAUCCCUGCCCGACGUGGAGGGCUCCGCCGUGCCCCGGCUGGCGGUGCAGAGCCCAGACCCCUCGGUCAUCUGCGAGUACAGCCGAGGGGAAGGGCAGAGCAGUUCGGCCGAGUCGGGACCAGAGCUGCGGACUCCGGACAUGACAGCCAUUUCCCCAUCCCUGCGAAACGAGUCCCUCGUCUCCUACGCCUCCAUGUCGGAGGAGGAGGAACGGGAAGGCCGGGAGGUGGAGAGGGGCCACGGCGGGGCCAUGGGGCUGCAGCCUGGGCCCGAGGCCCCGAUGUCCGCGGAGGAGGACAUGAAACUGUCCCGCCAGGCCAUGCUGAUCCGCCGGUGCAGCUCCCAGGGCUCCGUCACCUCCCUGCCCGAGGACCCUCUCAACCCCGUGGACGCUCACUCGGACUGGGGACACGAGGGGGUGUCCGACCUGCCCCCUCUGGGCCGCUCGCUCGACUCCUCCUCGCACCCCGAGGAGCAGGCGGGGGGCUCGGGCCCGGAGAUGGGGGCUUUGCCCAGGGUACUGAUGGGGCCCACCUGGGAGAAGCCGACGGAGGAGGAUCCGCCGGCACGCUCCCCGCUGCACGGCGCCCUGACUGAGGAGUCGCUGCCCUCCUCCGCCUCCCCCCCGGGGGACGCCCCCGCUGCCCCCGGCCCGGCCCGCGGCGUGGGCUGCUCCCGCCUGCGCGAGGACCGCCGGGAGAGCUGGAGGACUAACAUCCAUCACCUGCUGGACCUGGAGGAGCAGUGGGACCAGCUGUACCACCAGGAGCUGGCCAUGUGGCAGGAGGAGCGGGCCACGCAGCGCGAGGAGAGGGCCCGCGACCGCGAGCUCCAGUUCCGCCUGCUGGGCGUCCUGACGGACAUCCGCGACGAGCUGCGCUACCUGCGCCAGGAGAGGGCCAGCGCCCGGCAGAGCCAGGCGCCGCCUGCCGAGCCCCGGCCGGACCCCAGCCCGCUCCUGGAGCAGCCCAAAGCCGAGCCCGGCUUCCCCGAGCCGCAGGCCGGGAACGCCAGCUGGGCAGAGACCGCCGUGCCCAGCCGAAGCCCCUUCGGGAACCGGGGCCGGGGCCGGCGCAGAGGGCGGCCGCGUGGCUCUGCCUCCAGACACAGACGGCUCUUCCUCACCAACAGCUAGGGCAGGCGGGGGACGCUGUCCCGCGAAGGACGUGGUGUGCGGACAGCCCUCCCUCCCCGCGCGGGGCUCCGGGUGUGCGGUGGGUGCCUGGCCACGGACCGAUGGGGGUGCUCGCGGGGGAGCGGUGCGCGUCUACGUGCGCGUGUCGCGGAG